GGCCGCAGCCGCGCAGCGACGCGAGGGCGCGCGCGUUUCAACGCGGACGAAGUGCCUCCGUCGGCAGUGGAGGCGGCGGCGAUGCCUCCGCGCUCCACCAGCGCCACCAGCGCCUCCAGAACCUCCAAGAGCUCCAGUCCCUCCAGAACGGCGCAGCGGCGGAGCAGUCUAACCGCCUCCGCGCUGGAGCCCGAGCCGGCGUCGUCGGUGGCGGCGCCGGUGCGUCAGCAGUUCCUGAGCCGGCGCUCAGGCGUGGCGGCGGCCGAGGAGGCGGCGGCGGCGCCGGCCCCACGCGGGCGCGCCGCGGCCAGCAGGCGCAGCGCGGCGCGUUUGGCGCGCGCAGGCACGGGCGCGCGCCCCGCCCCGCCCCCGGCCACCGCCCCCGUCACGUCCCGCCCACCGCGCGCUGCCAGACGGCCGACGCGCGCCUCG